CGGAUGCCUGGGUCUGGGGCAGCAGUAGCAGCCGGGGGCCUGUAGGAGUAGAAACGAGGCCUGUGCUAGAGGUGUCAGCAGGCCCUCGCGAGACAACGCCAGGUCAUCUGCCCUUUGGUACAGACAAGCAAAUAGCAAUUGGACAGGAGAACAAUGGCACUGAAGCAGAUUUCCAGCAACAAGUGCUUUGGAGGAUUGCAGAAAGUUUUUGAACAUGAGAGUGUGGAGCUGAAAUGUAAAAUGAAAUUUGCUGUCUACUUACCACCAAAGGCAGAAACUGGAAAGUGCCCUGCCUUGUAUUGGCUUUCUGGUUUAACUUGCACAGAGCAAAAUUUUAUAUCAAAAUCUGGUUAUCAUCAAGCUGCCUCAGAACAUGGCCUUGUUGUCAUCGCUCCAGAUACUAGCCCUCGUGAAUGCCAUAUUAAAGGAGAAGAUGAUAGCUGGGACUUCGGCACUGGAGCAGGGUUUUACGUGAAUGCCACUGAAGAUCCUUGGAAAACUAACUACAGAAUGUACUCUUAUGUAACAGAGGAGCUUCCCCAACUCAUAAAUGCCAAUUUUCCAGUGGACCCCCAAAGGAUUUCUAUUUUUGGCCACUCCAUGGGAGGCCAUGGAGCACUGAUUUGUGCUUUGAAAAACCCUGGAAAAUACAAGUCUGUGUCAGCAUUUGCUCCAAUUUGCAACCCAGUGCUCUGUCCUUGGGGCAAGAAAGCCUUUACUGGAUAUCUGGGAACGGAUGAAAGUAAAUGGAAGACUUAUGAUGCAACCCAUCUUGUGAAGUCUUAUCCAGGUUCUCAGCUGGACAUACUGAUUGAUCAAGGAAAAGAUGACCAGUUCCUUUCAGAUGGACAGCUACUCCCAGAUAACUUCAUCACUGCUUGUACAGAAAAGAAAAUCCCUGUUGUUUUUAGAUUACAAGAGGGUUAUGAUCAUAGUUACUACUUCAUUGCCACCUUUAUUGCUGAUCACAUCAGACAUCAUGCAAAAUACCUGAAUGCAUGAAAAACUUCAGAUGAAAGAAUCUCUUCAGGAUUAUAAAAGUUAUAAUAAAAGAAUUGCUGAGAAGAAAACAUUGUUAAAUAUGGGACUGCAUAAUGCUAAAAAAAGUUUCUUUCUACAUUUGAAUCACCUUCUGAAUGAAUACAUAAAACCUGCUUCUGAUUUUAAAAGUUAUUUUUACCAGUGUUCACAUAGGAAAACUUUGAUACUUCACAACUUUUUUGCUGUCAUUUGGAAGUCUUUGUUAUGAUUAAUCUCAGAUCACAGAAUAUGAGUAUAAUCCUGAAAAUAAUAAAAUAUUAACUCAAGAACAGAAAGUUUACAGGUUAUUUAGCCCAGACUCCCUUCUCUUUUCAGACUUUCAGCAGUAAAGUCAUGGACUGUUGGCGGUUUCUAGGAAGCAUUUAAUUACAGGUUGUCAGCUAUAGACAAAGGAAAUAGGCUCAGAAAAGUGAAAAGAGUACCCCAUCAUUAUUUCUGUGGGACAGCUAAGGCUAGAAAACAAGUUUCUAAACUCCAGUCUGAUGAUUUUUUUUUUCUUAUAUUUUGAGCUGAAUAAAUCUGUGAGCACUGGGUUUUGGGAUAAGUCUUAAAUAUAGUAAGUCCCUGGGCUUAUGAACGAGUUCCAUUCUGGGAGAACUUUUGUACAUUAAAUCCAUUUGUAAGUCUUACAAAGCGAGUCUUAUACACCUUUGACACAAUGUAAAAAUAUGCAAUAUAAAGCAUAAAAAAAAUCUAACAAAAAUACUGUAAGUAACUAGUUUUACUUCUGCAGUUACCUUAAAAUGGUAAAGUAGAUGCUGGUAAGAUAGACAAUGGGAAGGUAACAGUGUUCCUAAUGCAAGGUCAGUUCUCUGAAAAUUUGCAACUCAGAUGUUUGUAAGUCAGGGAUUUACUGAAAUAAAUUCAGUCUAAAAUGGCUCAAGGAGACAAAUUUUAUGUUACUGUAAAUAAGUGUUUUUCCUAGAUCAUAUUUAGAAAUUUGGUAUCAUAUAGAAUUUGGUAUCAUGUAGAAAUUCGAUGAGAUCACCAAGAAAAGUAAUUGGUUUUUUUGUUGUUUUUUUUCUUGGCAGGGCGGGGUAAAUACUA